GUAGAUGUGGUGAUGACGACAUUGCUACGAGACCUUUAUCUUGAACCGCCUCUCUGCGCAGGAGCAGAGUUCGUAGCGCUACCGCACUGUGCGCCGACGCAUUCAGUGCGCGCUGGAUUUUCGCGCGCAUUACAUGUUUCAACGCAAGUUUAUUUUAUUACCAUUAAAUUAUUUAUGAAAUGUUAAGAACUAGAAAUUAAAAUUUAUUUUUCUCGCAGUGAACGUUCAGUGAUAUAUUUAUUUAUUUAGAUAACUAUUUUAUUGUGAUAAUAAUGGAGUUCAAAAAUUUGUACGUGAUAUUUGCAGUAUUUUGUGUUGGAAAUGCUGAAAUCCUCAAUUUCUCCGGGGGAUUGAAAUCUAAUUACACGUUUCCCAAAAAUUUCAUAUUUGGAGUGUCAACGGCUGCGUAUCAGAUUGAAGGUGCAUGGAACCUAGAUGGAAAAUCUGAGAGUAUAUGGGAUCAUCUCGUGCACACCAAUAAAACAUUUGUCAAAGAUGGAUCGAACGGCGACGUUGCAGCCGACUCCUACCACCUAUACAAGAGAGACGCUGAGAUGGUUCACGAACUCGGUGUGGAUGUAUACCGAUUCUCCAUAUCAUGGCCAAGAAUCUUACCCACUGGUCUCACGAACCAGAUAAAUACUUUAGGUCUGCAGUACUACAGCAAUCUUAUUGAUGAACUCCUGAAGUACAACAUUACUCCUAUGGUGACCAUUUACCAUUGGGACUUGCCUCAAAAACUGCAGAAUAUAGGAGGAUGGACCAAUUCACAUAUUGUGGACUAUUAUACGGAUUACGCGAAGGUUUUGUUUGAUGCUUUUGCGGGGAAGGUGAAGUACUGGGUGACUUUCAAUGAGCCGAUGCAAACGUGUCUGGAAGGGUAUGGAGGCACGUACCGAGCGCCCGCAUUGAACAGGCACGGUAUUGCUGAAUACCUUUGCGCACAUAAUCUAUUGAAAGCACACGCGAGCGUCUACCACCUCUUCAACCAAAAUUACCGACAUGUCAACAAAGGUAAAAUUGGUUUAUCAUUGGACUCCAACUGGGCUGAACCAAAAGAGGACACGCCACAAGACAGACAAGCUGCUGAAUUAUACUUAAAAACACACUUGGGCUGGUACGCGCAUCCCGUUUACUCGCAAGAGGGCAACUACCCCCCCGAACUUAUAAAGUUAGUUGACGAGAAGAGUCUUCAACAAAACUACACUCGGUCCCGACUCCCGAAGUUUACUCCUGAGGAAGUGAACUACAUUAAGGGAACUGCUGAUUUCUUUGGUUUGAACCACUACACCACCUACCUUCUGAGCAUGGCCAACAAAGAAGUAGGUGCUGUACCGUCCCACGAAAACGAUGUUGGCAUUGUCAGAGUCCAGGAUCCAAAAUGGCCUUCCGAUUCGUCUUCAUCUUGGCUUAAGGUGGUGCCUUUCGGCUUCAGACGACUACUUAAAUGGAUCACGAAGACUUAUAACAAUGUUCCCAUAAUAGUCACUGAGAAUGGGUAUGCUGACUUCUCCGGGUUGGAAGACAAAGCGAGGGUGGCGUACUACAGCCAUUAUUUGAAUGCUUUGCUCCACGCCUUGCACGAAGACAAGAGCAAUGUCCAAGGAUACUUCGCUUGGAGUUUGAUGGAUAACUUCGAAUGGGAUGACGGUUAUGUGUCCCGCUUCGGUCUGUAUCUGGUUGAUUUCAAGAGUCCGAACAAGACGAGGACGGCGAAGCACUCAGCUAAGCUGUAUGCCAGCGUGAUCAAGUCGCGCGCCCUGCCCAAAGACUAUGACCCUGAGGACUUCACCGCCUUCUCCGGCGCAGCCCUUCUGGCCCCCUCCAUACUUCCUCUACUGUGCAUACACAGGCUACUCUUGUAAUAGUGUAGUGUCUACAAUACUUUAUAGAAAACUGUACGUUGUUACACUAUUCUAUGCUAUAAUUAUAUUAAACUUUAAGUAUCAAUAUCCUUAACUGUCAUUCCAACUUGCUUGUUCCCUUAUACAAUUAAAGUAAAGCUUAUGCUAAACUAGUGAGAAGUAAUCCGACAGACGAAGUGUCUGGCGUUCAGUAUUCGACGGUGGCCAGUUUCUUAGCGUUGUCGCGCGCCACCUCCCGCUUCAGCUGCGCCUGGAUGGACGCGAACGACUUGCCCUUCGUCUCCGGCAACAUGACGAGCAUGAACACCAGGCCCAGCAGCGAGAACGUCGCGAAUCCCCAGAAUACUGUGUAGAUCUCGUAAGCGUCUUUCACCACCUGG